AGGGCCAGGUAACAGAGCCACCUUCUGCAUCCUGCUGAGCUCUAUUCUCUCCCGCGCAUUCCAACCUCCAAUCUCUAGUGCCCUAUCGUCUUGCUCCUCCAGGAACAAGCCAUCAUGUCUCGCCAGUCAAGUGUGUCCUUCCGGAGUGGGGGCAGCCGCAGCUUCAGCGCCGCCUCUGCCAUCACCCCGUCUGUCUCUCGUACCAGUUUCACCUCUGUGUCCCGAUCCGGGGGUGGUGGUGGUGGUGGCUUCGGCAGGGUCAGCAUUCGGAGUGCUGGUGGGGCUGGAGGCUAUGGCAGCCGGAGCCUCUACAACCUGGGGGGCUCCAAGAGGAUCUCCAUGAGCAGUAGUGGUGGUGGCUUUAGAAGCCGACUUGGUGCCGGUGUUGGAGGUGGCUAUGGCUUUGGAGGUGGAGCCGGGAGCGGAUUUGGUUUAGGCGGUGGAUCUGGUGGUGGCUUUGGGCUCGGUGGAGGUGGUGGCUAUGGGUUCAUGGGAGGCGCUGGUCUUGGAGGUGGCUAUGGGGGCGCUGGCUUCCCUGUGUGCCCCCCUGGAGGCAUCCAAGAGGUCACUAUCAACCAGAGUCUCCUGACUCCCCUAAACCUUCAAAUCGACCCCACCAUCCAGAGGGUGCGGACUGAGGAGCGGGAGCAGAUCAAGACCCUCAACAACAAGUUCGCCUCCUUCAUCGACAAGGUGCGCUUCCUGGAGCAGCAGAACAAGGUCCUGGACACCAAAUGGACCCUGCUUCAGGAGCAGGGCACCAAGACCGUGAGGCAGAACCUGGAGCCUUUGUUCGAGCAGUACAUCAACAACCUCAGGAGACAGCUGGAUGGUGUCCUGGGGGAGAGGGGCCGCCUGGACUCAGAGCUGAGGAACAUGCAGGAUCUGGUGGAGGACUUCAAGAACAAGUAUGAAGAUGAAAUCAACAAGCGCACCACUGCUGAGAAUGAGUUUGUGAUGCUGAAAAAGGAUGUGGAUGCCGCCUACAUGAGCAAGGUGGAGCUGGAGGCCAAGGUCGAUGCACUGAUGGAUGAGAUCAACUUCUUGAAGAUGUUCUUUGAGGCGGAGCUGUCCCAGAUGCACACGCACAUCUCAGACACAUCUGUGGUGCUGUCCAUGGACAACAACCGCUCCCUGGACCUGGAUAGCAUCAUUGCCGAGGUCAAGGCCCAAUAUGAGGACAUUGCUAACCGAAGCCGGACAGAAGCCGAGUCCUGGUACCAGACCAAGUACGAGGAGCUGCAGCAGACAGCUGGUCGGCACGGCGAAGAUCUCCGCAGCACCAAGCAUGAGAUCUCUGAGAUGAACCGCAUGAUCCAGAGGUUGAGAGCGGAGAUCGAUAACGUCAAGAAGCAGUGCGCCAACCUGCAGAAUGCCAUCGCUGAAGCCGAGCAGCGUGGGGAGAUGGCCCUCAAGGACGCCAGGAACAAGCUAGCUGAACUGGAGGAUGCCCUGCAGAAGGCCAAGCAGGACAUGGCCCGGCUGCUGCGUGACUACCAGGAGCUCAUGAACACCAAGCUGGCCCUGGACGUGGAGAUUGCCACCUACAGGAAGCUGCUGGAGGGCGAGGAGUGCAGACUGAGUGGAGAAGGAGUUGGACCAGUCAACAUCUCUGUCGUCACCAGCAAUGUCUCCUCUGGCUACGGAGGUGGCUAUGGUGGUGGCUAUGGCGGUGGAUAUGGUGGUGGCUUUGGGCUCGGUGGUGGAGCUGGCUUUGCUGGUGGUUAUGGGGGCGCUGGCUUCCCUGUGUGCCCCCCUGGAGGCAUCCAAGAGGUCACAAUCAACCAGAAUCUCCUCACUCCUCUGAACCUGCAAAUCGACCCCACCAUCCAGCGGGUGAGGACUGAGGAGCGGGAGCAGAUCAAGACCCUCAACAACAAGUUCGCCUCCUUCAUUGACAAGGUGCGCUUCCUGGAGCAGCAGAACAAGGUCCUGGACACCAAGUGGACCCUGCUGCAGGAGCAGGGCACCAAGACCGUGAGGCAGAACCUGGAGCCUAUGUUUGAGCAGUACAUCAACAACCUCAGGAGACAGCUGGACAGUAUCAUUGGGGAGAGAGGCCGCCUGGACUCAGAGCUCAGGGGCAUGCAGGACAUGGUGGAGGACUUCAAGAGCAAAUAUGAAGAUGAAAUCAACAAGCGCACCACUGCAGAGAAUGAGUUUGUGACUCUGAAGAAGGAUGUGGAUGCUGCCUACAUGAAUAAGGUUGAACUCCAAGCCAAGGUAGAUGCUCUCAUGGAUGAGAUCAACUUCACCAGAGCCUUCUAUGAAGCCGAACUGGCUCAGAUGCAGACCCACAUCUCAGACACUUCUGUGGUCCUUUCCAUGGACAACAACCGUAACCUGGACCUGGACAGCAUCAUUGCUGAAGUCAAGGCCCAAUAUGAGGAGAUUGCUCAGAGGAGUCGGACUGAGGCUGAGUCCUGGUACCAGACCAAGUAUGAGGAGCUUCAGGUCACAGCUGGCAGACACGGGGAUGACCUGCGCAACACUAAGCAGGAGAUUGCUGAGAUCAACCGCAUGAUCCAGAGGCUGAGAUCUGAGAUUGACCACGUCAAGAAACAGUGCGCCAGCCUGCAGGCCGCCAUUGCUGAUGCUGAGCAGCGUGGGGAGAUGGCCCUCAAGGAUGCCAAGAAUAAGCUGGUUGAGCUGGAAGACGCCCUGCAGAAAGCCAAGCAGGACAUGGCCCGGCUCCUGAAGGAAUACCAGGAGCUGAUGAAUGUCAAGCUGGCCUUGGACGUGGAGAUUGCCACCUACAGGAAGCUGCUGGAAGGAGAGGAGUGCAGGCUGAGUGGGGAAGGUGUUGGACCAGUCAACAUCUCUGUGGUGCAGUCCACCGUCUCCAGUGGCUAUGGCAGUGCUGGUGGUGUCGGCAGUGGCUUUGGCCUGGGCGGAAGCAGCGGCUACUCCUAUGGCAGUGGUCACGGCCUUGGAGGUGGCUUCAGUUCCGGCAGUGGCAGAGGCUUUGGAGGUGGCCUCAGCUCUGUUGGGGGCAGCAGUUCCACCAUCAAAUACAGCACCACCUCAUCCUCCAGCAGAAAGGGCUACAACCACUGAAGGCCUCCCAUUGGCUCUUGGUUCCACAUUGUCUUAGGCCUCUUCUCCAGCUGCAUGGCCUCCUCUUCAGUUUGCUUUUUUUUCCCUUGCUACUUAAUUCUCUUAGUCCUAGAGUUAGAAAUGAAGUUGCUAAGUUCCCUCACUUUUCCUCUCUUCUCAUACCUGUUCAAUCUGAACUUCAUUUGCUUACCAUCAGAAGGUUACUGGUUGGGUCAGACUUUAGAACAGAGCAACUUCUUGCUUUCUAUUGGCCCAGGAAUCUCUCAUAUUCCACACAGUGGUCAUGAAAGCACAAGUCACUAGUUCUAGAAUGUACAGUCUGUAUCCCUGCUAUGUUUUCUCUGGUAUUGCUCACUUGAAUUGCUAAAUAAAGCAGAUGUGUAUUAUAA